GGAAGGGAAAGAAGAUGGACCCCACGGGAUAGAUAUUUCGAAGGAUGAGGUGCUGCUAUUUUAACAAGCUUUUGGCUAGAGUGUCACAAAAGUGUCAGGGAUGGCAAGGGAGACUUUUAUCUUCUGGAGGCAAGCAAGUCCUUAUUAAAAGUGUUCUUCAAGCUAUUCCUGCCCAUAUUUUUUCAGAUGUUGCUCCACCUAAAGCAGUACUUGUGAAGAUGGAAAAGAGUUUUUCUAAUUUUUUAUGGGGACAAUCUGAGCAAAAACUCCAUUAUCAUUGGAGCUCUUUGGAACAUAUGAGUUAUCCUACUAAGGAGGGGGGUUUGGGUUUCACAAGAAUGAAAGAUAUAGUGGAUGCCUGUAGUGCUAAACUUUGGUGGAACUUUAGAACCACUUCCACUCUUUGGGUCCAGUUUAUGAAAGCUAAAUAUUGUUCUAGGGUUCAUCCUGUGGCUAAAGUUUGGCAAUAUGGUGAAUCUCAUAUUUGGAAAAGAAUGACUCUCGUUAGAUCUGAGAUUGAGCCAUACAUCACCUGGAGGGUUUGUGAUGCUUCUUUGAGUUUUUAGUGGGAUAAUUGGACUGGAUUGGGACCAUUGGCAAGGGUGACUAAUCAGGCACAUGGUAAAUAUUGGCAACAACCUCUCAAGGAGUACUUAAUCAAUUCAUCUUUCAACUUUGACCACUUACAGUCCCUCAUGGACCCUGGUUUUUUCAUUCAUUUUCAAGUAGAUCUUUCUUCUCUUGGCUCAAAUAAUGCUGAUCAGACUCUCUGGCAACCUAAAUCCAAUGGAGUUUUCUCUAUGAAGGCUGUCAAAGAUUUCUUAAGGCCUUGUGGUAAUGUUAAUAUCUACUUACAGAAUUGUUGGCACACACACUUAUAUUCCUUUUAAAAUGUCCUUUUUGGGCUGGAGACUUUUACUGAGGAAACUCCCCCUGGAUUCCACUUUGCAAAAGUUUGGGUAUGUCCUCCCUUCCAAGUGUAGUUGUUGUACCAAACCCACUUGUGAGACUACUGAGCAUGUAUUUGCACAAAGUGAGGUGGCUAAAACUGUGUGGAAAUAUUUCUGUGGGCUGUUUGGUCUGAAUGAACAAGGCAUAUCCACUGUUAAGCAAUAUCUUAAUGUUUGGUGGGGAGCUAAAUCACAUCCUAAAAAAUACACUGUUAGGGUUUUAUUAAAACGAUGUAUGCCUGUUUUCAUUAUUUGGGAACUUUGGGUUCAUUAUACUUCUGUCAAAUAUGGGGAGAAACAAAUCAAUGUUGCAAGGACUAUUUUUAAAAUACGGCUGGAUGCUGUGGAAGCUGUAGCUAGGAAAUGGCCUAACCUCCGUAAAAAUCUUUCUGAUUGGAAGACUAUUUUCAAUUUAAAUGGCCAUCUAUCCAAUUCUUAUCAGACUCCUACUAAGAUGAGGCAGUUUCCUCCUCCAAACAGUGUGAAAAUUAAUGUCUCUAUGUUCUCCAAAGAACAUCAAUUUGGUACUAGUGCUGUGGUUAGGGACUCCAAAGGUAUAUUCUUGUAUGCUUAUGGCAGUGUUGGACAUGCUUCAGCCCUGGGAGCCACUAUGGUGUUUAACUUCUGGGUAUACUUCCCUUUAUUGGGAAGCAGAUUUUAAGGAGAUGUUACAGCUCCUUAAUCUUUCUAUCCCACUUUUUACUGUGGACCAUAUCAGUAGGUUGGCCUUUUUACUUUCAUGCUAUAGUUCUUCUACUGAUUUUUGUGAUGGUCAUACUAAUCGUGUUACUAAUUAUCUGGUCCAAUGGUGUUGUAAUCACCUUCAUUCUAGUAUGGAUUUUUUUGGGUAUUUUUGAUCUACCUGCACAAUGUCAGCUCCUUUUUCAACAUGAUAUUCAGCAGGUUCAUAGCUAUUCAGCUUCUAGCUCAUGCUAACCUGAGCCUCUUAUUGACAUGUAGUUGUGUUGCCAUUUCCUGGUUAGGUAGUCCUUUCUACCCGGGGGUAUAGAGAACUUGGAUCUUCGGUGCGCUCUUUUUCCUUUUCCUACUUUCUAGGGGAUUGUGUUUGCGUUGUUUGAAGAAUUUUUAAACCAUUACUGGUUAUACUGGGGUUAUGGAGAAGUUUGGAUAUUAUGGGUGCGCUUAUAAUAUCUUUUCCUAGCCUUGGUAUGUAUGGUUUGUGGAUAAGGAGUGGUUGACUUGGAUGGGUUUUUAUUCCUCCCGUUGGAGAUGAUUACCACUUCUUUGUGUUGCCAUGCCUCUCCGUAUGGCCUUUAUUGUCUUAGUGUGGUUAUGCUCGUGUUGGCCUGGUGUGAGUUUGGAUUGUCGUGUUGGUUUGAUGUUUUAGACCUUAUUGUGGCUUUGGUCAAGCCCUAGACUAGUAUGUUGUUUGUUUCGAUCUUAUUGUGGCCUUGAUCAAGCCUUAGUUAGCUUGUUUGUUGUUUAGACCUUAUUGUGGCNCUCGGAUGGGUUUUUAUUCCUCCCGUUGGAGAUGAUUACCACUUCUUUGUGUUGCCAUGCCUCUCCGUAUGGCCUUUAUUGUCUUAGUGUGGUUAUGCUCGUGUUGGCCUGGUGUGAGUUUGGAUUGUCGUGUUGGUUUGAUGUUUUAGACCUUAUUGUGGCUUUGGUCAAGCCCUAGACUAGUAUGUUGUUUGUUUCGAUCUUAUUGUGGCCUUGAUCAAGCCUUAGUUAGCUUGUUUGUUGUUUAGACCUUAUUGUGGCCUUGGUCAAGCCAUUCUAGGUUCCCUUACCCCCUUAUUUGUUAUUGUAUCCCUGGAAGGUUUGUCUUCCGUAUGAGGGGCUGGCGUUAGGCCUUGGUAUAGUCCUCCCCUCACUUUGUGGCUCCCUAUUAUCUUAAUAAAACUCGGUAAGGGUU